AUGCUUCACGAUUCAUCUGAUUCGACAUCCUAUCACUCCAAUGACUGGCAUGCUAACAUACGCUUCGAGACAUAUUCCGAUGCGAGACUGGCUGCCGUUUUCCUUGAUAACAUGGAUAGGCUUCCUGUUGACCUAUUCAAGCAAGUCAUCGAUGCUGUAAUUGAUCCGCAAUUCAAAUCGAGCGAAGUCACAUUCAAAAGCACUUUGGACGCCUUUGAGUGUGUCUCGACUUAUCGGAGGAACAUGGCUCCAGGCUGCACCGUGGAAAGGCUAUCAUCGGGCGCUGUUCCACCUGUUGUUUUAGACCUUGUGGUCGAUACGAUCGUGCAGCAGAAUAUACCACUGGGGAUAGCAGCAGAAAAUAAGUGCUGGAGUGAUGCACUUGCUCAUAAUGGAGCGAACUUGCGUAAUAUGAGCCUCGUCCAUCGUUCCUGGACGGAUAUUGCGCAGCGAGGACUGCGUCGUCGAGCAAUCAUUCCGUGUCAUCAGAUCCAUCGAUUUCUCGUCAGCCCCUUAUGUGGACCGUGGGUCACUGAGAUGAUCAUCUACUGGCCACUUGGGGAGAACGACGAGGUAACCCGCCGUCUCUUCCUUCUAAAGGGUCUCCUUGAACGUACUUCGAAUGUUCGUUCCUUGGCAUUCAUUACGUAUUAUAAACCGGAUACACCGUAUGAGGGGCGAAACCGCGAAAUUCAAAAUUGCUUCGAUACCAUGUCAGGUUCGUUACCACGCCUCCGGAAGCUUUGGCUUAAGCACCGUCAAAACUCGUCCUGUUCGGUUUGGUCGACAGUCUGCGACGGUUUGGAUUCUUUAUGCAAAAUCAUUCCCAAGAUGCAGUCGUUGGAGUUCUUAUCAAUAGACAGAUGGGUAAGCUCGAAAUCGGAUGACUUUAAUUGGAAUUGGAACGAGCAUCCUCCUUCGUCCUUAAAAUCAAUCAGCCUUUGCCUCCAUGAUGCCGUGAGUAGGCAUUUCUUUACGUGGUUCCUCAGACCUCGAGGCGACUUCAGCUUGCAGUCGCUGUCCAUUGGUGAAGGUGGCGGGAACUCAGAGAAUUCCUACAGGCAGCUGCUGCUGUCUCUGCAGUCAAGUUCCCACCAAUUGAAUCAUCUAUCAACGACCAUGUGUGCUGUUCAACGCGAGGACAAGUCUUUUUCAGAUAACAUAUUGCUUACCUGCCCCAUGCUUACUAGCCUGGAACUUUUCUAUGAUCAAGAUUAUUCACCGGCCUUUCUCCUAGCCUUGGCACCAACCUUGAUUCAUUUAACGAUUCAGUGUCCAGAUGUAUUUCUUCAAAAAGAGGAUCAUGCCUAUGCGUUGUACAUGGUCCACUCUUUGAAGGAGAAAAUACCUACACUUCCUCAGCUUCAGAGUCUCCUCUUCAUAAUACACCCACAUAUUCCUCUGUAUCCAUCACUUAUAUGCAAAGGCCGCGAUUCGAGACGAUAUGACACGCAACUGGGUGGUCGCUUUGUACCAGCAGAAGAACUAGUAGUGGCGGACCUGACAGACUUCUUUAAAAAUUGGAACAUACAUCUUGCAUGCAUACAGGCGCCAUCUCUUGCACAUCUUGGGUGA